AAGCGCGUUAAUUUACGAAGUACCGACGCUUUACUAUUGCAGAUCUUAAAUUAAGCGCUAUCAUAACACAACAUAUAAUUCAUUUUUCCGCCAGAUUAUUACUGGAAAAACAAGUAUCUCUCUUCUACUUUUUUUCGUUUUCCCUCUCAUUCAAUUUUGUUUUGCAACCCUCCAAAACCCCUAAAACAUAAAAUCUAAAUCAUAUACUCUAACCUUAGAGCAGAGCCCUAAAACUCAAAUAUUUUCUCCAUCUUUCACGACAACCCUAUCUCUCGUACAGAUUCAGUUCUAUCUCUCACGAUGGGAAUUGAAAAACUAAGACCAAAAGUCACGGGAGUUUGACUGGAAUCGACCUCACGAUUCAUCCCUCUCACUCUCUCGGCCAAAGCUAAGACGUCUGUCCUCCAUAAGACGAUUCAACCCUCCUCUCCUCGACUUCUGCUUUUUAUUUCUGAUAUUUGUUUCCAGAGCAGCCCAAGUGUGAAGCGUUAAUAAGUUAAUCUUUGUGGAGACUUUCCUUCCCAAGAUGGGGAUCACUGUCACUGUGAUUGUUCCUGCUGAUAUCGCUGGUCUUGAAGCUGCUGUGAAUAAGUACCAAGUCAGUCCUCGUAGGAGAUCUCCUGAUGGAUUCCGCUAUUGAGAUUACUUCUGAUAGUAGUAGUAGUAGUGGUAGUGAUGACGAGGUAUCCGAGCCCACUAGAACCAGGAGCAAGACCCUUUGGCUCUAUGGUAGCAGAAGCUUCCCUCAAGGGUUCCUCUGAAGUUCAUACUCAAGCGUCUGUUAGUAAUGCCCCAUCUCAGCCAAGAGACUCUACAAAACUUACAGUGCGUGAGAAUAAUGUUUCUGGUGUGGAUAAUGAGAAGCUCCCUGCUCAACAAGCUCAGAAACGAACCAUUCCACCUUCUUUUAAUCCACCUCCUGCUCCUUCAAGAAGUGCUAACAGUAUAGGUCAUGCCAACAAGGCGGAUAAUACAAUUCCAGCUACUCGCGGUAGUGCACCGAGUUAUUUGCUAAGAGACACUACAACAUUUACAAGGAAUGUCGAGUAUGUUGUAAGCUCUAAUGUCUCUGGUGUGGAUGAUAAGAAGCUUCCUGCUCAACAAGCUAAUACAUCAAAAAGUGCUAACAGUGUUAGUCAUGGAAACGUGGGGGAUUAUAGUAGUCCAGCUGUAGGUAACAAGAAUACUUUUGGUGAUGGUUACUACCGUGGAGCUCAUGCUGAGAGUGAUUGUUCUAAUAAGAAGCACUAAAGGAUAGCUUGAUGGUGGUGAAGAGAAGAGGUUGAUGCUUUUAGUUCAUGUUUUCAUGUAUAGACUUUUAGUUCAUGUUUUCAUGUAUUGACUUUGUGGGUUUUAAAUUUUUAAUGGAAAACUAUAUGAUUGUUCGAUAA